AUGAGAAUGGAGAAGCCACCAAUCCAUGGUACUGCAACUGAUUGCAAACCACUAACCACUUUUGUUCAGACAAACUCAGAUGCAUUCAGGGAAGUAGUACAAAGAUUAACAGGUCCCUCAGAGGCUACAACACCAAAAGAAGUAGAAACAACAAAGGUUGCAAGUGUGAAAAGGACAACAUCAAAACUCCAUGAGAGAAGGAAAUGCAUGAAGCCCAAACUUGAGAUUGUUAAACCCAGUUUUCAUUAUAAAUCAUCAGGUGCAUGUUUGUCACCCUCUAAGUCAAGAAGUUCUAGCUUUCCUCCAAGCCCUGGAUCAGGGAGUUCAAGUCUUCUUCCAAGCCCCACCACCCCUUCAACACUGUUCUCUCAGUUAACUAUUCUAGAAGAUGAAAAGAAAGAAGAUUCCUUAAUGCCUCAAAUAAACACAGAAGAAGAAGAGAAAGCUAUCAAAGAGAGGAGAUUUUAUUUGCAUCCUUCCCCAAGGUCUAGACCAGGUUACACUGAGCCUGAGUUGCUUAUUUUGUUUCCUCUGGCAUCUCCCAAUGCAAAUGAGAAAGUAUAG